AUGUUUCUGAUACUGAUAAUAAACAUUCUGAUCACUUAUGUUUAUUAUGUGAACACAAACAGAAUACUUGAUAAAAACAGCCUCGAAAUACUCGAACUACAUAGAAAAUACAGACAGGAUUUAGUUGAUUGUAAAGUUGACGGACAACCUCCAGCUAAAUAUAUGUCACAAUUGAAUUGGAAUUACGAACUUGCUGCACAAGCACAAACAUUAGCCAUCAAAUGCACCUUAGAUCACGAUCAACGUCAUUCGAAUCAAUUCAUUUGGGUUGGACAAAAUAUUGCUCUCAGUGAAAAAAUUAAGUCUGGGAAUUGGAAUUAUGAGAAACCAUAUGAAGUGAAAUCACGUGAAUUGUGCCCGAAAAAGCAGAUUACUUCUACAAGCAGUUUGCAAAAGUUGCGUGAUAAUACAAAGAAUGCACCAUUAUCAAUAAUAAAUACCAAUCACAAGGUGCCAACAACCGGUUCAAGUGGGAGUAGAGUUCACGACAAACAACCUACAGGUUUGGAAAGAACGUUGGAUGAGAAAAGCCUCGAAAUACUCGAACUACAUAGAAAGUACAGACAGGAUUUAGUUGAUUGUAAAGUUGACGGACAACCUCCAGCUAAAUAUAUGUCACAAUUGAAUUGGAAUUACGAACUUGCUGCACAAGCACAAACAUUAGCCAUCAAAUGCACCUUAGAUCACGAUAAACGUCAUUCGAAUCAAUUCAUUUGGGUUGGACAAAAUAUUGCUCUCAGUGAAAAAAUUAAGUCUGGGAAUUGGAAUUAUGAGAAACCAUAUGAAGUGAAAUCACGUGAAUUGUGCCCGAAAAAGCAGAUUACUCCUACAAGCAGUUUGCAAAAGUUGCGUGAUAAUACAAAGAAUGCACCAUUAUCAAUAAUAAAUACCAAUCACAAGGUGCCAACAACCGGUUCAAGUGGGAGUAGAGUUCACGACAAACAACCUACAGGUUUGGAAAGAACGUUGGAUGAGAAAAGCCUCGAAAUACUCGAACUACAUAGAAAGUACAGACAGGAUUUAGUUGAUUGUAAAGUUGACGGACAACCUCCAGCUAAAUAUAUGUCACAAUUGAAUUGGAAUUACGAACUUGCUGCACAAGCACAAACAUUAGCCAUCAAAUGCACCUUAGAUCACGAUAAACGUCAUUCGAAUCAAUUCAUUUGGGUUGGACAAAAUAUUGCUCUCAGUGAAAAAAUUAAGUCUGGGAAUUGGAAUUAUGAGAAACCAUAUGAAGUGAAAUCACGUGAAUUGUGCCCGAAAAAGCAGAUUACUCCUACAAGCAGUUUGCAAAAGUUGCGUGAUAAUACAAAGAAUGCACCAUUAUCAAUAAUAAAUACCAAUCACAAGGUGUCAACGACCGGUUCAAGUGGGAGUAGUCUUCAUGACCAACGCCUAAAUGUUGAACAUAUUCGUAUAAAUAGUUUUCGAAAUAAUCAUCGUAAUACACAACGCACAUCGACUUCAUUAGAGGAAAACAGAUCAAAAUUUUCAAAAAUCGUACGUGGUGCUUUAAGCAGGUCUCGUUAUGUACACUGA